UUUUAAACCGAGGCUCCAGACAAACCGAAAAUGGUUGACGAAGAAAAUGUGACUGGAGGAAAUAGCAAAUGCUGAUAAGGAGAAAGAUGGCAUGGGCAGUUGGAGCUGGCAUGCUUGUGGCCAUUGGCCUUGGCUAUGCUAAUUACAACUGGCAUAAAACAGUUAAGAUGCCAUAUGAGCACAUUGCAAAUGCAGAAUUAAAAGCACUUGAUGGAACUGAUAAUCUUUUGAUGGGGAAGGAUAUCUGGAAAGAUAAUGGUGCUGUUGUUAUGGUUGUCCGAAGGCCCGGAUGAUCUUUAUGCAGAGAGGAAGCUGCUGGGCUUUCCUCUCUGAAAGGUGACCUUGACAACCUUGGCAUUAAGCUGGUUGGCAUAGUCCAUGAAAGAAAGGGGACAGAGGAAUUCAAGUCAUUCUUAAAGGGGCCACUUUUUCUUGAUGAAAAGAGGAUAUUCUAUGGACCUAAAGAAAGAUGGAUGGGUUUAUCAGGAUUCUUUCGAGUCGGUGUUUGGAAGAGUAUACUCCGGGCCAAAGGCAAGAAUAUCUCAGGUAAUUUUGCAGGCGAAGGUCGAAUUUUAGGAGGACUUUUUGUGGUAAGCGAAAGAAAAGGCAUUGUUUUUCAGUAUGAUGAAAAGGAGUUUGGUGACCAUGCAGAUGUUAAGGAUGUUUUGGCUGCAGCAAAAAAACUUGUAGAGUAAUCCUAUUUCGUCAAUGUUAGGUAAAUAAAUAUAUUUUGAUAAAUACCCUGUAAAGCCCAAUCUCCAGUGAGAAAAAGUAUUGCGAAAUUUCGCUGCGAAAUACUUCACGCGAACAAAUUCCUUUGAAUGAUUUUGUUGACCUCACGACAUUGGAAUGCUAAGUUUGGAAGCGUGACAAAGGGAUAUGGACUUUGAUUGGCUGCUGAAGGAUUUUGCAAGCGAAAAGCAAAAAAGGUUAAACUCAUUUAAACUUUUUUUCGCAGAGAAAUUCUUCGCAAGAAAUCCCAGCAAUAGUUCACUGCGCAUGCCCAUAACAUAUUUCGCGCGAACUUUUUCGCAUUUCGUCGAUUUUUUUCUCACUGGAGCUUGGGCUUAAUAGUAAAUAUAUAUUUAAUUGAUUAUAAUGAAAAGGAUGCGAAAUAAAUAUGAUUUUACUUGUUGAAACGAUUCAGUGAAAGAUAUGCAAGCUGUGUUUGCAAGAUUUGAUUGCGGAGGGCCUAUGAUAGGUUUCCUUUAAAUGAUUUCAGAUUCCUAAACUUGAUGGCAUUUUGUUUCCGGCUUCAAAAAUAAUUGUUUCAUUCUUACAUUAAAAGCAAGUUCGAAAGGAAGAUAAUGCAAUCGAAAUGUUUAUAAGAUUCAUAGCAACCCUAUUGACAACAUGUUAAAGAAUAAGUCACAGAUUUCCAAAAAUCACUGCACAUUCCAUUCAUUUUACAUCAUUUUACAUAUGAUUGAAGUCCAUCAGAAGACAUGGGGAGUGCUUACUUAUUUUUGAAUGUUGCAAUCGCCUCGUUGAUUUGUUUUUAUUUUCAAAGCCACUUAAAUGUUUUAGUUUUUAGAUUAUGUAAUCGAUGUAUUUCAAUGUCUGUUAUAGAUUUCCUUAUAUAUCCUUAAAUCAUCUAAUAUAUGAAAAAUGUGAAAUGUAUAAUAAAAUAUGAAAAAUGUAGAAACCUUACUGUUGAUCUCAGUUGAUUGCAGUAUAAAUUUUAUGAAAAGUGUAAACGAUUGUCGUACGUAGCCCUUUGCCUGCUUAUGAAAAGUUUGAAGUAGACUUCAUUGUUUUCAAAUUUUGAAUGUUAAUUUGCAGGUUUAAGAUUGAUUUCGUAAAACGAAUUAAAAAUGUUAUGA